AUGGCAAAGGACUCUGCAGCUGGGACUAAAAGAAAAGUGAAGAAAAUCAGAGGAGAAAAUGAGCCAAAAAAACCAACAACAGAAUAUUUCAUGUUUUUAAGGGAUGCCAGGAAGACAUUGCAGCCAGGCCUAUCAGUAAAGGAGCAGACUAAGAUACUCAGCCAGGCCUGGUCUGAGUUAGCCCCAGAGAAAAAGAAGAAAUACUCAGAGGAGUAUGCAGAGGCCUUCAAGCAGUACAAAGAGGACCUGGAGGAGUACAAGAAGACAGAAGAGUACCAAGAUGUACUAAAACAGAAUAAAGACCAGAAGGCAGCAGGAAGCAAGAAGAGCACUACCCCAAGGAAGCCAUCUGGAUAUAAUCUGUUCGUAAGGGAGAACAGUGCGAAAAUAUCAGAGGAAAGGAAGGGUGAUGCACCCAUGCCUUCUUUGAAGGAAAUUUCUCAGAUGAUUUCUAAGAAGUGGCAGGCACUAACAGAAGAGGAAAAGGCAGCUUAUAAGGCAAAGGCACUUGCAGGUGCAGAGGAGAAGGAGUCUUCUGCAGAGAAUGUAGAACCGUAA